AUGGGAGAUAUCGUCGGUAUUAUUUAUGGAGCAAUUGUUGCCACAGGAGGUAUUAUUGGUUACUUAAAAGCAUCUUCUAUUCCUUCAUUAGUUAUGGGAGUUGGAUCAGGAGCUAUCGUAGUUGCUGGGGCUUACUACAACAAUAAUCAUAUUGUUUGUGGUGUUUCUGCUCUUUUAACAAUUUUUAUGGGACGUCGUUUUUAUAAUAGUGGAAAAGUAUUUCCUGCUGGAGUCGUUGCCGUAUUAUCACUUCUUAUAUUUAUUCGUUGCAUCACUAUCUAUUACAAAACUCGUCCCCGUUUUGAGUGA